UUUUUUUUUUUUUAAUGUAUUUCUCCCCAGCAAUCCACACCUAAGCUCUUUGACUUAUUUGUUUAGUGUUCUCAUUUGGUUCAUCAGCUCUUUGUUUUUUGGUUGGCUGAUAAUCUGGGUGAAGUAAAUAUAGAGGCAUGAGCAUGUUUUAAACACUAUUUUGUGUGCCAUUGAGUCAAUUCUGAGUCAUUAUGACCCCAUGUGACAGAGUAGAACUUCCCCAUAGGGUUCCUAGGCUGUAAUCUUUAUGGGAGCAGAUUGCCAUGUGUUUUAUUCUGCAGAAUGGUUGUAAAACUAUCUUAGAAGCAGAUAAUCUCGGGGAAGCAAACAUUUCUGAGAGACUGAGUAGUCCCUGAGUAACUCAAAUGGUUAAGUGCUGGACUACUAACCAGAAGGUUGGUGGUUCAUACCUACCCAGAGGCACCUCAGAAGACAGGUGAUCUGCUUCCAGAAGGUCACAUCCUUGAAAACUCUAUGCAGCAGUUCUACUCUGCACAGAUGGGGUUGCCAUGAGUCAGAGUCAACUUGAAGGCAACCAACAGCAACUUUCCCCAGUUUCUCAACCAUCAAGUGUAAUCAUUUGAUCUAGCAGGUUGGCUCUUUGCUUUAGAAUAAACCAGCGAUUGAGGUAAAUAGUUGUUAGAAAUAAUUUUUUAAAACUGUUUGAAAAUAUUACUGUUAUGGCCAAAUCCAAGCCCAUUGCCGUUGAGUCGAUUCCGACUGAUAGUGACCCUAUAGGACAGAGUAGAAGGAGUGGCUGGUGGAUUUGAACUGCUGACCUUUUGGUUAGUAGGGCCACGUUAUUUUAUGUUUAGGCAUUUAAAACUGGAUUCACUUAGCUUUAAAUGCAGAUUUUUCUUGUGUUCCAAGUUCAUUUUGGCAGAGUUGACUUGGUUCUUCAUGAUUCCAGCUAGAUAAAUUGGACAUCACAUGAUAAUAUGAUUUUUAGCAAAGCUCUGUGUCUUCUGUGUCUUAGGCUGGGUUCUCUAGAGAAGCAAAACCAGUAAAGCAUAUAAAUAUGUAGAGAGAGAGAUUCAUAUCAAGGAAAGAGCUCACGAUUGUAGAGGCUAGAACAUCCCAAGUCCAUGGAUCAGAGUAGAGGCUUCUCCUGAUUCACUUAGCCACAGGGGCUGGUGAACUCAAGAUCAGCAGGUCAGAAAGCAGGGCUCUUGCUCACAGGCUGUGGAGAUUGAUGAAUCCCAAGAUCGGCAGGUAAGCUGUUAGCUCAAGUCCCAAGAACUGGAGGUCAGAUGAACAGGAGCCAGCUGCAGGAUCCAGAGCAGGCAAAAGCCAGAACGGCGACUUAUAUUCAGAUGCAGACCACAUGCCCAAGGAAACUCCCAUUUAAGUGAUUGGCCGCUCACAGCAGAUCCCGUCAUGUGGGUGAUCACAUACAAGCACUAAGAAUCGUGAGCCAGCCAAGUUGACACAAUCUUAACCAUCACACUGUUAACAUUUUAAAGAUCAUAAAACUCCAUUACGUGUUCUAGUGUAUUAUUGUCCAAAUUUUCUUGGCUAAGUAGUAUUCGUUAUGCAACAACUUGAAAAGUAUAAAGCAUAAAAUUCUUGGCAGCAUGGUGUGUUAGAAGGAGCACUUGGAGUCAGAUGUAUCUAGACCUUGCAAAAUAUUUAACUUUUCUGAAUUUUAGCUUCAUUACUUGUAAAUUAAGAAUAUUAGAACCUGUCCUACUUAACUCACAUAGUUGUGAGAAUCAGAUGAAAUGAUAAAUACUGUCAUCCUUUGUAAAAUAUGAAAUUUGUUUAUAAACAAAAUGUAAGGUUGUAUCAAGUAUCCAUUGUACUUUAAAAGGAUUCCAGUUUAGUAUUGUCUGUUGUGAAUUCCCCUCGUUCUUGUGAUUUUUUUUUUAGAGCCCUGGUGUAAUUUUCGCCUCUUCCUAAGUCGACUGGACUAAAAGAUGAUGAUAAUUCUAUAGUCUUUUGACUUAAUAUGCCUCCAAAUUUCAUUUUGCUUUCCUAACACUACUAUUUCAUAUGAAAAUUAAAAGAAACCUUUUCUUCUGAGAAGUAAUAAGCUUGGUAUGCCACUUAGAAUUAAAAAUAUUUUACUGAUAAUUAGUCUAUUAUGUUAGUAGGAGCCCUGGUAGCACAGUGAUUAAGCGUUCAACUGUUAACUGAAAGGUUGGCAGUUCGAACCCACCAGCUGUUUUGUGGGAGAAAGAUGUGGCAGUCUGCUUCCAUAAAGAUUUACAGCUUUGGAAACCCUAAGGGGCAGUUCUACUCUGACCUACAGGGUUGCUCUGAGUCAAAAUCUACUUGAUGGCAAUGGGUCUUAAUGGGUUAUUGUAUUAGUUAUUUGUUUUAUAUGUUCUUUAGUGGUAUGUAUAUACUGAGAUAAGUGAUGGCUGUGUUACUGUCUUUGUGGACAUUCUUCCUGAUCAUUAUUACUUCUUAUUGGCUUUUUUUUUUUUAAUUGUACUUUAGAUGAAGGUUUACAAAGUUUACAAUUAAUACACGUAUUGUUUUGUGACAUUGCUUGCCAACCCAACAUGUUAACACUCUCCCCUUCUCAACCUUGGGUUCCCCAUUACCGGUGUUCCUGUCCCCUCCUGGCUUCUUGUCCUUGCCCUGGGCUGGUGUGCCCCUUUAGUCUCAUUUUUGUUUUGUGGGCCUGUCUGGUCUUUGGCUGAAAGGUGACUCUGAGGAGUGACUUCAGUACUGUGAAAAGAGUGUCCGGGGCCCAUACUCUUAGGGUUUACUUACUGGCUUAAAAAAAAUUUUUUUUUUUAAUUUAUUCAUUCUUUAUUUUGUAACAGAGCUACAGGUUGAGAUCAUAGAUUCUUAAACCAAACUGCCUGGAUUGAAUCCUGCUCCUGUGUAGUUUUGGGCUGUUUAUUUGUAACCUUUUUGUGCUACGGUUCCCCAUCAGUGAAAUAGGAUAAUAACAGAAGCUACUUCAUAGGAUUGUUAUGAGGAUUAAAUGAGUGAAUAUUUAUAAAGUGCUUAAAAUAAUGCCUGACAAAGACUAUUAAAAUCCUUCCUCACUGAUUUUAUUCGGUAUCUUUCAACAGUAUGAAAUAUUCAUCGUUAGUGUGAAAUAGUGGUUAGAAAAAAGCAGCCGGCAAUGGCUUACAUUUUUAAUUUAUUACAUCUUAAACUGGUAUUAUUUGAAGUAUUUAAACCUCUAAAUGCUUGGAAAUUUGCACAUUUGCCCCAGGCAACCAUAAUUUGCAUUGAAUUUCACAUCAUUGUUAUCACCAUUAUGUCAAAAACAAAGCACUCUUAUUAGUAUCAAGGCGUUCCACAUGUGUAUGCUUUAAAUAUUUUAACUGUAGGUUGCUUGACUGUUUAAUUAUGAUGAUUAAUUUCAGUUAGUGCAAAUAAGAAUUCUAAUAACACCACCUUACAUUUGAACAGCCAUUCAAAAUGCUUUGUAAAAUAGGCCCCUUAUCACUUGUUAGCUACCCUUGAGUCAGCUCCCAACUCAUGGUGACCCCAUGUACAACAGAAGGAAAUACUGUGCUGUCCCCAUGAUUGGUUGCAGAUCGGACCAUUGCGAUCCAUUGGGUUUUUUGUCUUGUUUAAUUUUUUUUUUUUAAUUUUGUUGUUGAGUAUAUACACAGCAAAACAUACACCAAUUCGAUCAAUCGGGUUUUCAUUGGCCGAUUUUUGGAAGAUUGCUAGGCCUUCCUUCCUAGUCUUAGUCUGGAAGCUCUGCUGAAACCCGUUCAGCAUCAUAGCAACACUUAAGCCUCCAGUGAUAGACAGAUGAUGGCUGAGCAUGAGGUGCGUUGGACAAGAAUUGAAUCCAGGUCUCUGCAUGAGGGUGAGAAUUCUACCCCUGAACCACCAAUGCCUCAUUUAUAUUACUUGAGAAGCAGUGUAAGAAGCAUUUAAAAGUGUGGGCUCUAGAAUCAGACUGUAUUCUAGUCGCUGCUCUGCAGUUUGUGAGCCAGGUGACUUCUGGCAAAUCUCCUACCCUUUCUACACGGUACUUUCUUUAUUUAUAAAAUGGGGGAAGUAAGUAUCUCAUAGGGCUACCCAGAAGGUUAAAUGUGAUAUAAUACAUAUAAAGCACUUAGAAUAGUGCCUGGCAUAUAACGAGAGUUCAGCACAUCGUAAUUACUGUUGAGUCAUUGGUGCACACAAAACAGCCAGUAAAUUCUGGUGGUAAUAUGGGGAAACCAAGGUUCAGAUGAGAUCUGUGAUUUAUGGAAGGUAAAAGAGUAAGCCCCUUGACUCCUCAUGCAGAUCUUUUCCCACAAAACACUGCUGCCCUUUGUACUGCAGCAGCUCUUCAACUCACUCAUAUUGACUAGGCCCAGCCCAGAGAUAGGUUCCUUCAUUUCCCAUUGUGUUUCCAGUUCUUGGCUACUGUCAGAGUAUUUCUAUCUUGGCUCUGAUUCUGUUAGAGCCCUUCCCUUUCUUCAUGGAUCCUCCAGUUGUGUACUGCUCACCCCCAAAGUUGUUAGUAAGCGUGGCGGGCAUCUAUUUUCAAAAAACAAGAAAGAAGGAUAGGUAUUGAAGCUAAUUUUUUUAUAUGGGUUGUUUUUUUUUUCCUCGUGUGAUUCUAUUAGAAAAAAAAAUUUUUUUUUAGCCUAUUAUUUGUGUUUAAUGCAGUACUGAGUUAUUUUUAUGAAUACUUUUUAUUCUCUGAACUUUCUUCUUUUCCCCUGAGCUUAUAGACUCAAAGGUUUUUUUUAGGAACUAAGAAAGGAGUUUGAGAAUCACACAAAUCCCCUGAGCCACUCUAAAAAUAGGCAGAAUACAAUUUGUGAAUCAUUUGCUUUUUUUUAAAUCUUCAGUAAAUAGAAUCACUUUGUUUUUUCUUUUUUAGGGGCAUCAAACCAAGUUUAUAUCAUGUAAGCAAAGCACAUAGUAAUUAUUGCAGUAUUCUGGAAUUGUGAGAUGGUUUGCUCUUAUAUUUUGUGAGAGAAUAGCAUUUUGAAUGUAUCAUUUAAUUCCAAAAUUUGGAUUUAUAGGAGUAGCUGUUCAAUUACAGUCAAACAAGCAGGUAUUUAUUGAGUCCUUUCUGAAUAGGGGGCACCACGUAAGACUGGUUGUAAGAUAAUGUUCCCAAACCUUAACCCUUCCCUUAGCUUCAGCUACGCUUUUGGGUGCAUCCUGUGACUUAGGAGGUUGGGGAGAAUUAACCCUCUCCAAGCUGUGAUUGUGGAUGUUUUAUUGGUAUUGUCAUUACUCAAGAUUUAUUUCUUAUUUAGGAGCCUUGCUUUCUCUGGAAAAGGAACAGCUGCCUCCAAGGCUGGCAUUGUUGGGAGGAUUUUUGUUUUAUUUUCUGAGAUUUCAGUCUUUUCCUGUUUAGACUGUCAUCGUUUUGCAUAUAUGUGUAGUUCCAUAUCUUUGCCUCCUUGCCUUCCUCCGCUGGGUGUAUUUUGUGUGUUUCUGUAUGGUUACGCUCCUCCCACAGGAAGUAGAAUUUACUUGGGCAGCCUGUGGAGUUAGCACUAGGCUGGUAGAGGAGUGAUAUUAAAGAAUCAGAAAACAAGGCCCCUAUUCUUAAGAAGUGUAUAGUGGGGAGAAACAGAAGUAUGUAAAACUAACAUAACAGAUAAAUAACAAAUGUAACAGCAUUGUAUUUAGUAUAUAAAUAUUGCUAAUUGAGCAAUACAGGCAAUACUUUGACAUUCAGAGGAAGUAGAAACUUACUUUAAACCAAAAAACCCCUUUGACUGCUGGGUGCCUUUAAGGUGGUAAGUCGGAUGUGAACCAUUUGCUCCACCUAAGGACCUAGAAACUCACUUUAGGCUGGAUUAAAGAUUUUGUAGUACUGGUAGAAUUUCAGAGGGAUCUUGAAGCAUGAGUAGGAUCUGGAUAACUCAAGGAUAGGAUAUGGAGUCUUAGCAAGAGUAGCAACCCUUUGUGUAGUUCUGUUAUAGGAAAAAAAAUGUUUUAUCAACUAAAGUAACACAUUUUACCUAUUAGAAUAUCGAUGAGUUUGGUAUUGCUAUGAAAUCCAUUAUGUAAUUCACUUGUUCAAACUUUGAUUUAUCAUCUACGCCCAUGCAGAAACAACAGAAGAAUGUAUGACACCUUUUUUAUUAAUUAUUUAGUUUUGUAUACUUAAGAAAUGUUUGUGAAAAAUCGUGUAUUUGUUUUUAUUUCCCAUUUAGUGUCAUGCUGAAUUUUGUUUUUUUUUGUGUGUGUGUGCAAUGUGAAAUUAGUUUUCUAAGAACAAAACUCUUUCUUAAAAUGUUUCUUUUUAUGGAGUGCAAGAAUUUGUCCUGUUCUUGUCAUCUUUGUCCAGGAGCCACUUGUGGUUAAAUCAAGUGUUUCCUGCCCUGUUGUGUGGCCGGCACCUAGGACAUUAUUGCAGUUGCAGAUGAGAGAUAUUUAGACACCGAAGGCGGAUGGUGGCAGGGCAAGCACUGAGGAGAUAGGUGUGAAGAGCUCUUUUCAAGAUUUUUACUACCUUUGGAUGCUACUCUUGAUAUGGAGAAGAUUGAGGAAGAAUUUGCUAAUUUGCACAUUGUUAAACGUUCUUCAGAAAAUAAAGAGCCCACUUAUCUGCUUGGUAUAGACACAUCAAAGACUGUACAGGCAGAAAAAGGAAACUUGGUUGCUGUUUUGUGUUCUAAUGGAUCAAUCAGAAUAUAUGAUAAGGAAAGGUUAAACGUGGUACGAGAAUUUAGUGGACAUCCUGGACUUCUUAACGGAGUCAGAUUUGCAAACUCCUGUGGCAGUGUAUAUUCAGCAUGUACUGAUGGCACUAUAAAAUGUUGGGAUGCUCGAUUAACCAGUGAAAAACCUGUCCAGCUGUUCAAGGGUUACCCUUCCAAUAUUUUUAUCAGUUUUGAUAUCAGCUGUAAUGAUCAUGUCAUUUGUGCUGGUACAGAAAAACUUGAUGAUGAUGCAUUGUUAGUAUUUUGGGAUGCAAGAAUUAAUUCUCAGGAUUUGUCUACUAUGAGAGACCCACUUGGCACAUAUUCAGAGACACAUAGUGAUGAUAUCACUCAAGUACGUUUCCAUCCCAGCAACCCUAACACGGUAGUCUCGGGUUCAACUGAUGGCCUGGUGAAUGUAUAUGAUAUUAGUGCUGAUAAUGAAGAGGAUGCAGUGGUUACAACCUGCAAUUCCAUUUCAUCAGUAAGCUAUAUUGGUUGGUCCGGGAAAGAUUAUAGACAGAUUUACUGCAUGACACAUGAUGAAGGAUUUUGUUGGUGGGAUCUGAAUCACCUGGAUACUGAUGAACCAAUUACACUUUUGAACGUCCAGGAUGUCAGAGAAGUAAUUAAGGUGAAAGAAAGUAUUUUGGACUAUUUGGUUGGUGGCCUAUAUCAUGAAAAGAUGGACAAAUUGUUUGUCAUUGGAGGAACAAACACGGGAAGGAUCCACUUACUGAGCUGUACCACAUCAGGAUUGAACCAUGUGAUGAGCCUUCAGGGAGGGCAUGCUGCUACAGUCCGUUCUUUCUGUUGGAAUACGCAGGACGAGUCUUUGCUGACUGGGGGAGAAGAUGCACAGUUGCUGCUUUGGAAACCUGGGGCUAUAGAGAAGACCUUCACAAAGAAAGACAGCAUGAAAAUAACGUCCUCUGUGCACCAGCGCGUGCGAGUUCACAGUAAUGAUUCUUACAAGAGAAGAAAAAAGUAGUGAUGUUAAAUUGGGAGUUUACUUGAUAUGUUUUAUAGUUUCAAGUAAUUAUUUCUGUCUACUACCUAUGGUAUACAUGUUUAAAACUUAUGUAUGUAAAAACAAGCCAGUUAGCAAACUGUCCUGGAAGGAAUGUUGAGAAUGAUUUAAUUCAGGUCAUCACCUAUUUUAAAAUUAUUUCGUUAAAGCAAUCAGUUGAGUAUAAAAGCAGCGAUUUGGAGGAAAAAUUAUGUUCUUCAUUUUUAAAACGUAUCUGUUGAGUUAGUAAAUGUCAGGUUUAAAGAAAUAGCUUUGGUAAGGACUCUUUAGAAGUAGAUGGCUGGUAAGAUGUAGUAAGAUAUGGUUUUGGCUGUUUCUUAAGCUCAGUUUUUUACAAGUUAAAUUUCCUUCAUUGUUUAUGAAGCCAGAUCACGCUUUUUUCUUCAUUUGAGCAGUUUCUGCUUGCUUAAUAUACAUAGAUUACACUGAAAUAUUUAAAUGUGAAUAUCUUAAUGACUCGAAAUAAAAAAAAAAUUUUUUUUAGAAAUAAACUGGUAUCUAUCUAAAAUAAUAUAUUUAGUAAAUAUUACAUCUAUAUUUUAAUACUGGUUAAAAACUAAAUAGGCGUUUAGCUGAUGAAAAGGAAAUUAGCUUGUAAAAUUCAUUUUGAGACUCAAAGAAUAUACAAAAAUUAAAACAUAAUAGUGGGCCGACUUUUUAUUUCAAAAUAUUCUUUUGAUAAUAUUUUUUGACAAAACUCUCUUCCACAGUGUUUCAUCUGUGAUUUUGAAACUUGAAUUUUUGUUCAUUGCUGAUGUUUCAUCUUUCCUUUUGAGUGUUUCUCUAACUAGUCUUAAUAAAAGAAAUUGAUCUCUAUAAAGAUUGGGCAUCUUUAUUUAUACUUCAUUAAAAAUUAAAAUACCUUUUAAAUUAGAAAUAUUGUCCUGGAAAACACAAAUGUUGCAUUAGAACCUUUCACACUUCUCUUUAAAUGUUAAUAAUGACUAAUCUUUGAAGCUGUAAUGCUGGGGAAAAGAAUUAUUUUUAUACACAAUAAUGCAACUUAUCUUUAGGCUGUGAUCUAGCUUAACUUACCUGAGACUCCACAGUAGAUAAGUAAUUGUUUAAUGUGUUCAGACAUGUAUUUGGAGAAGUUAAACCAUCAGGUCUUAUAGUUGUUCAAACCAGAAACCUGAGAAUCAUUUCGAACUUCUCUCUUCCCUUUCUUUCACCAAGUCAUUUUGCCUUUACCCACCCAUCCCUCCCCAAACACACCACUGCCUCAUCUAAGGCUUUCAUCAUUUCCCACUGUCUCUAAUCUGUGCUCUAAUUCGUCCUUCCCGCUACUACUAGGCAGGUCAUUGAAAACAGAUCUGUCCAUGCCUCAUAGUGCUAAAAAUCUUUGGUACAUUUUGAUAUUUUGAUGGAACACUAGAUAAACAUUAAAAACCAUGUUAUUCAAGAUCUCUAGGCUAUAAGACAAUGCUAUAAGUGAAAACUGGCUAAAAAGUUCUGGAGACAUUACGUUCAUAAAACAAUAGAAAAUGAGAGUUUAUCAAAAUGAGAACUUUUAAAAAUUAAAAAUACUGAAAAUAAAAAACGGUUGUAAGGUAUAGGUUGGAAUCCCCGGGUAAUGCAAAUUAUUAAUGUGCUUGGUUACUAACCAAAAGAUUGGCCGUUUGAGUCCACCCAGUGGUGCCGCAGAAGACAGUCCUGGCAAUCAAUCUCCUGAAACAGCCAUUGAAAACCGCAUGGAGCACACUUCUACUCUCGACACAAACGGGUCACCAUGAGUUGGAGUCAGCUUGACAGCAACUGGUUAAGAUGGCAGGUGAAGAAAUCUCCUUGAAAGAAUUAAAAGAGACAAAGUGAGAAAAGAAAAAAAAAGCCACAGAAGAUCAAUACAGGGGUCUAACAUCAGACUAACAGUUUUAAAAGUGAAAGUUGUAAAAAAAAAAAAAAAAAGAGGUGAAGUGGUGGAUUACUAAAUGAAAUAACAGGAAACUAUCCCAGAACUUCACUCUUCAGAUUAAGAGAUCAAACAGUCAAGUGUAGUGAAUGAAAAAUACCUACGCUAAGACAUAGCAUUGCGAAGUUUCAGAACCUUAAACGUAAAUACAAAAUCUUAGAAGUCCCCUCAUCAUCUCCCCCCGCAAAAACUUAUUGCCAUCAAGUCGAUUCUGACUGAUGGUAACUCAUGUUUCAGAGUAGAACUGUGUUCCCUAGAGUUUUCAGUUGCUGUGAUCUCUUGAAAGUAGGACACUAAGCUUUCUUCCGAGGUGCCUAAGGGUGGAUUCGAACUGCCAAGGUUUUGGUUAAUAGCUGAGUACUUAACCAUUUGCACCACCCGGGGACUAAAUGGCCCCAAAGAGAGGGAGGAAAUCACAUAGGAACAAGAAUUAGAUUUGCAUUAGACUUCUGUCUUAGGGUUCUCUAGAGAAACAGAACCAGAAAUAUAUAGAGAGAUUUAUUUUGAGGAAUUGGCCCACUCAGUUGUGGAGCCCUGCAAGUCAGGAAACAGACUGGAAGUUCCUGCAGCCUUGACUGUUUAAUCUUAAAACAGGAUCCUUCCUCAGGAAACCUCAGUUUUUGCUCUUAAGGCCAUUCAACUGAUUGGAUGAGGCCUGCCCUCAUUAAGGAGGGUAAUCUGCUAAUUUAAGAUAACUGAUUUAAAUGCUAAUCACAGACUUCAUAGCAACAUCAAGACUAGUAUUUGACCAAACAAUUGGGCACCAUAGCCUACCAAGUUGACACAUAAAAUCAGCCAUCACAACUUCUCAUUAGCAAAUCUGGAUGCCAAAAGGUGAUGGAUCAAGUUCUUAGGACAAAUUCCUGCCUGUUUAAACUUUGCUCUUCAAACCUGGGAACCAAGUUUAUUAGGAAAAAAUUUUUGACAUAUCCUUUGCUAAGUCGAAUGCUCCCUACUUAGUCUCUGAAUCUCAGGAACCAAAUUGAUUCAGCUAACUGAUGUCACCUUGCUAGCCUAAACUCUUAUUAACUGAAUCCAGGAAAGAUUUGAAAUUCAGGUUUGUCCAGGUUCAAACCCCUGUUGAGAAUUUGCAUUUCUAACAAGUUUCCAGGCAAUGCUAAUGCUACUGGUUAGGGAACAACUCAGAACCAUUAAUACAGCAGUGGUUCUCAAAAUUUAUUAUACAUCAGAAUCACCUGGGAAUCUCAUUAAACUAGAUUCUGAUUCAGUAUAUCUGGGGUGGAAAUGCAAAUUAAUCAGCAGGGAUUUGAACCCAAACGAGCAGGUUCAAAGCUCUGCCUAUAAUUCCAUGACCAAAUUCCUCAAGUGUGAAGCUAAAAACAUUUCACUCAUACAGGAUCUCAAACUUCACUUCCCAUGCAGCUUUUUUGUCAAAGACUAUUGGAGGAAGAUGUACUCCACAAAAAUAAAGGGAAUAAACCAAGGAAGACAAGAGAACAGGAAUCAGGGCCUAAUAACAGGACCAGAGUCCAUUCGUUCAGUUCAGAUUGCAACAGGAGAAUAAGAGAUACCAGGAGAGGGAGCUCCAGGGGGGAAAAUGAAUCAAUAGGUUAUCCAAGCGUUUGACCAUGUGGAAAAUAGUACAAGUGGAUUAAAUUCACCAAUUUAGAGAUUCUUGUAUUGAAUUAAAAAAAAAACAAGAUCUAAUUAAAGACAUGUUAAAUGGAUGAAAAAAGAUAUACCAUCCCAAAGAAUGGGAGAUAACAUUUGCAAAUCAUGUAUCCGAUAAGGAACUUGUAUCCAGAACAUAUAAAAAAACUCUUAUAACUCAAGACAAUUCAAUUGAAAACAUGGGCAAAGGAUCUGAGUAGACAUUUCUCCAAAAAAGAUAUACAAAUGGCCAAUAAACACAUGAAAUGAGGCUCCCCGUUGUUAGUCAUCAGGGGAAUGCAAAUCAUAAUCACAAUGAGAUACUACUUCACACCCACUAGUCAUCAGGGAAAUGCAAAUCAUAAUCACAAUGAGAUACUACUUCACACCCACUAGGAUGGCGAUAAUAAAAAAGAUAGAUGAUGAGGAUGUGGGGCCACUGAAUCCCUCAUACACUGCUGGUGGGAAUGUAAAAUGGUGUAGUCACUUUGGAAAACAGGGAGUUCCUCAAAGUUAACCAUGAAGUUAACCACCUGACCCAACGAUUUCACUCCUAGGUAUAUACCCAAGAGAAUUGAAAACAUAUCUACACAAAAACUUGUACAUGAAUGGUAUAGCAGCAUUAUUCAUAAUAGCCAAGAGGUGGAAACAACUCAAAUGUCCAUCAAGUGAUGGAUAAGCAAAAUAAAGUAUGUCCGUACCGUGGACUGUUAUUCUGACAUAAAAAGGAAUGGAGUACUAAUGCAUGUUAUAUCAUGGAUGAAUCUUGAAAACAUGCUAACUGAAAAUAACUAGUCACAAAAGAUCACAUAUUAUAUGAUUCCAUUUAUAUGAAAUGCCCAGAAAAGUUAAAUCUAUAGAGACAAAGUAGUGGUUUCCUAGGGCUGGGAGAAUGGGAGCAUUGAGGGUGAGGAAUGACAGCUAAAGGGCAUUGCAAUUGGGGGCGGGGGGACAAUGAAAAUGUUCUAAAAUUUAUUGUAGUGGUUUUUGCAAAGCCCUGUGAAUAUACUAAAAAUCAUUGUACACUUUAAGUGGAUGGGUUGUAUGGUAUGUGAAUUUUACCUUAAUCUGUUACCAAAAAAAAAAAAGGCAUAGCAGACAAAUACAACAAAAAGCUGGGGUAUCAAUCUAAUAGCCUACAAAAUGGAAGUUAAGGCUAAUAUAAUGUUGAUUCCAAAACCAGAUGAAAAUGAAAAAAAAUUUUUUUUGUUUAGGCCCAUUUUGCUUAAGAAUGUAUAUUCACAGCUAAAAUGAUUUGCUAACUAAAUGUAAUGAUGCGUUGUAGAGUUUAUUUCAGGAAUGCCAAGAUGAUUCAACACCAGAAAAUCUGUAUUAGUAAUGGACAAAAGAGAAAAAAAUCAUAAUUAUCUUAAGUGGUACAGAAGAUCAUGUGGUAAGGUUUCACACCUGUUUAUGAAGAAUAUGAAUAUCAAGUUAGCAACAGAAUAAUUUUUGUAACCUGGUGAAGGUUUAUAUGUCAAAAACCUACAGUAAACAUAUUUAGUGGAGGAAUUUUAGAUUGAAUGCAUGAUCACCUUUUAAGAUCAAGACUCAGGUAGUCUACUAUCACAGUACUAUGGAUCCUAGCUAAUAUAAGGAAAGAAAAAAUAUAUAAAUGAGUAAGGAUUGGAAGAAAGAAAGAAAGCCUCUUCUUUGUAAAUAAUAGCUACAUAGAAAAUCCAACAAUCAACAAAUUAUUCAAACUAUUAAAGAGAGAGAUUUAGAUUAAGAGCUUGCCAGUGUAAAAUCAGUCUAUGAAAAUCCAAAGCGUAUCAUUUCACAACAGCAACAAAAAUUACAAAGUAUCAAAGAAUGAACCAAGAAUAUACAUGAUCUAUUUGAGGAAAACUUGAAAACUCUGUUAAACUUUGUUAAAGACAGAAAGUGAUGUAAGAAACAUUCCAUGCUCCUACUGCUGAUGGUUGCACAACAUGAUUGAUGAAAUUAGUGUCACUGAAUUGUACAUAUGAAAAAUGUUGAAUUGGCAAAUGUUCUGUUACAUUUUACAACAAUUGAAAAAAAAAAAGACAUGCUCCAAUGAGAUGACAAUAUAACGGCGAACAUUCUUAAUUUAAUCUGAAAAUGCAAUGUAAUCGCAAUAAAAAUUUCAACUGGAUUUUUUUAAGGACCUCAAACUUACUUUAAAAAUUGUAUGGAAGAAUAAGGUCUGUGAUAGCUAACUAAAUUUAAAAAAAAGAAAUCAUACUGGUAAAGACUGAUGUGACCUAAGAACAAACAGUAGAACAGUGCAAAUAAUAGAUGAUGGAUCUAUGGCAAAUUAAUAUUUAUAAAGAUGACAAAAUGAGAAGAGCAGAAUUUUUUAUUAGAUGAUGUUGGGAAUACCAGCUCACUAUAUAAAGGAAAAAUGAAGCUAGAUUUCUACUUAUCACAAAGGUAUACUCUGGAUAUAUUAAAGACUUCAAUGAUAUAAGGUUAAAGCUAUAAAUUUAAUGAAAGAAAAUGUAGGAGAAUAUGUCUGUGACCUAGAGGUGAAAAAAUGGCCUCUUAAAUAAAACUUCAAAAGUAUGAAGCAUAAGGUAAAAAACAAAAGAUAAAUUUGGUUACAUCACAAUUAAGCAUCUGUGCUCAACAUAAGGCCAGUAGACAUAAAGUUAGUAGACAAAUGAGAGAAUGGGAAAAGUAUACUUGAAAUAUGACUACAAAGGCGCCAGUGAUCACAGCCACACUCAACAACAUCCAACAGAAGGGGGACUUUUUUCACAUGUGAUUCUUUUUAUUAAUUAUUAACAAACAGCACAACUUUUUCAGAAGCCUCCCAGCAAGUGUUAUUGGCUAGACUGUCAUGUGCCCGUGCCUAAAACAGUCACUAGCAAGAGGAGUGGAAUCACCUCCAAAUUAGCCCAAUCAUGAUUCAACACCUAUGGGGCCAAGAAUGACAGAAUUAAUCAUCAGAGGCCUGCAUUAACAGAAAUUCUGAAGGGAGUUCUUCAGGUAGAAAGAAAACGACUCCAGAGAGAAACCUAGAAAAAACAACAACAACAACAAAAACCCAAACCCAUUGCCAUGGAGUCAAAUUCUGGCUCACAACGACCCUAUAGGACAGAGCACAACUGCGCCACAGGGUUUCCAAAGCUGUAAUCUUUUUUUUUUUUUUUUAAUAGUACUUUAGAUGAAGGUUUACAGAACAAACUAGUUUCUCAUUAAACAGUUAGUACAUAUAUUGUUUUAUGACGUCGGUUAACAGCCCCACGACAUGUCGACGCUCUCCCUUCUCAACCUUCAGUCCCCUAUUACCAGCGUUCCUGUCCCCUCCUGCCUUCUAGUUCUUGCCCCGGGGCUGGUGUGCCCCUUUAGUCUUGUUCUGUUUUAUGGGCCUGUCCUAUCUUUGGCUGAAGGGUGAACCUCAGGAAUGACUUCAUUACUGAGUUGAAAGGGUAUCUGGGGGCCAUACUCUCAGGGUUUCUCCAAUCUCUGUCAGGUCAGCAAGUCUAGUCUUUCUUUUUAAGUUAAAAUCUUGUUCUGCAUUUUUCUCCAGCUCUGUCCAGGACCCUCUAUUGUGAUCACUGUCAGACCAGUCAGUGGUGGUAGCCGGGCACCAUCUAGUUGUACUGGACUCAGUCUGGUGGAGGCCAUGGUAGGUGUGGUCCAUUAGUCCUUUGGACUAAUCUUUCCCCAAGGCUGUAAUCUUUAUGAAAGCAGACUGCCACAUCUUUCUCCCAUGGAGUGGCUUGUGGGUUCAAAUCACCGACCUUUCAGUAAGCAGCCGAGUGGUUAACCACUGCACCAUCAGGACUCCUUCAAGAAAGAAAAAGAGCCCCCCAAAUAAAUUGAUAUUGACUCCACAAAGCAAUACUAGUAAGGUGUUGUGGAAGUAAAAAUAUAUGUAGAAUUGAAAUGAAUGAAAGUAAUGAAAAAGGCAGAAAGCAGAUAAAAAGAAGUAGGUGUUUUAAGAGACUAGGAUUGUUAAGAAUCUGUAAAAAUAAUUAUUUAUUUUAGACUGUAAUAAGUUAAGGAUGCAUGUUGUAAUCUCUAAGUUACCACUAAAAGAAUGUGUAACAACAGAAAACAGAAUAAUAAACAAAUAUUUGAUUACUUUUUCAAAAGAUGUGAAAAGAGAAAAAGGGCAAUAAACCAGGUGGGUUAAACAGGAAACAAAUUGUAACAUGGUACAUAGAAAACUUGCCAGCUUCUUGGAAAGCCUUCCUGAGCAGAUGACAUUUGAGCUGACAUCUGAAGGACAAGAAGGCGCCAGCCAUGUGAAAAGUUGAGGGAAAUGCAUUCCUUCCUUUAUUUUUAGUUUUAAUUUAAAAUUUUUAUUAUGAACAAUUUCAAAUAUACAAACAUUAAAACAAUAGUGCACUGUGUAUCCACCCCCCCGCCUCCGAUUCAACAAUUAUGGUUAUUCGGUACAGAUGCUUUAUAUAUAAAACCAAAAAACGCAAAUCCAUUGUCAUCGAGUCACUCAUGACUCAUAGUGACCCUACAGGACAGAGUAGAACUGCCCCACAGGGUUUCCAAGGAGCGCCUGGUGGAUUCAAACUGCUGACUUUUUGGUUAGCAGCCAUAGCACUUUACCGCUAUGCCACCAGGGUUUCCAUACAUAUAUGCAGAAAGGUGACAUUGGUUACCUUUUUCACAGCGUGUCAGCAUUCUCUUUGUUUCCAUUCUGGUUGUUCUGUUUCCAGUAAUCUAGUUUCCCUGACCCACCUUACCUUCUCAUCUCUGCUUUAGAGUAAAUGUUGACCACUUGGUCUCAUACAGAUGAUUUUAAAAGGAGCACAGUACUCACGGGUGAUAUUUUUUAUUUUAUGAAUCAAUCUGUUACUUAUCUGAAAGGUUACCUGUGUGAGUAAAUUCAGUUCAAAGUUUAAAGGAUAUUUUAGGGUGAUAGUCUUGAAGGUUCCUCCAGUCUCAACUGGUCCAAGUCUGGACUUUCUAAGAAUUUGAGUUUUGUUCUACAUUUUUCUCCUAUUCUGUCAGGGCCCAUCUAUUGUGUCCCUGAUCAGAAGAGUCGGUAGUGGUGGCUGAGUACCAACCAGUUCUUCUGGUCUCAGGAUACAGGAAGCCAUCGUUUGUGUAGGCUUUUAGCCCUGUAUGCUAUUCCUUAUUUGAGCCUUUGGUUUCCUUCCUUCUCUCUCGCUCCAGACAAGUAGAGACCAACAGUAGUAUCUUAGAUAGCCACUCACAAGCUUUUAAGAACCCAGGAUGUAGAACAUAAAUUUUAUGUACUAUAUUAUGCCAAUUGACCUAUUUGUCCCACAAGACUAUGGUGUUCAAACCCAGUGAAUCAAUCCCCCAUGGUGUUUGGUUAUGUCUAAGAAGUACCUGUAACUGUGCCCCCAUGUGCUUUGUUUUAUACAUAUGAAUAUAUAUAUACAGCACACACAUACCACAUAGUAGGCACUUAACGAAUAUUUGUAAGUUGACUGACUCUUACAUGUUAUUUUUUCAGAUUGGAAAUUAGCAGACUGAAUGGCAAGGAUAGUCUGGAUAUUUGUAUUUACCAUGCUCCAGAAGAAAACUUAAACCAAACCCAUUGCCUUCAAGUCAAUUCUGACUCAUAGCGACCCUAUGGGACAGAGUAGAACUGCCCCAUAAGAUUUCAAAGGAGUGGUUGGUGGGAUGAAACUGCCAACCUUUUGGUUAGUCGCUGAGCUCUUAACCACUGCACCAUCAGGGCUCCUCCAGAAGAAAUUGCCACUGUAAAUUAAACAGUGAUAUUGUGACGAGGGGCCCAAAGGAGAAACAAAGAUAGAUUUUAGCAGUUAAACUUAAUAAACUAGCCAGAAUAAGUAGGAAUUUAAAUGUUUAAUCCCUUAAAAGAGAAAAGUAGAUUAAAGUUUAAUAAUACAAUAUCAAAAACAUGACCCAGUAGCUAAUAUUGUUUUGCCUCUCAGAGAAAAAGUGAGGGUGAAGGUGGUUACUAUAUACGUCAUCUUUCUUUACUAAGAAGGCUUGAUUAAACUAGUCAAUCAAUCCUUGUCCCUUCAAGUCAAUCAAAGUGCACUCAGCAAAGAGCAUCAGUUUAAGCUUUUGUCCAAUUCCUAAUAAUCUAAGGUGCUCUUAAAAUAAUUUUGGUCUCUAAUUUCAGAAUACGUUGUUUUAUUUCCUAAUAUAUUGACAAAUAACAAAGUUGUAUGAUUUGAAUUCUGACCCUUAAUGUGAUCGAGAAGCUAAUGGGCAGUGGAAUGCACAAAACCUAGGCAGCAUAAAGUGAAGAAGACAUGAUGUAUGUGUAAUCUCUGAGCUAGAUAAUUGAGAGCUGGUUGGUGAAUCUGAAAGAUGGAUUUACUAAUGUGUCAGUAAUUAAAUAGCAAAUUGACUCAACAUGACAUUGCUGAUUGUAGUGGCAGAAGAUUAUAUAAAAUUGCCAAAAGGAUGGAGAAAAUCAUGUGAUGCAUUGUUCAGAUUCUCCUUUUUACUGGGCUAGGUAUGUCAUUUUCUUUUUUCUAUUUGCCUAAACUAUAACUUACUUUUGAGAUACUAAGUCCGUUAUUUAGUAAAGGUGGCGGAAAAGGGAAUGGAAAGAAAGGUAGGUAAUAACUAAGCACCUACCCUGUGCGGUCAUGCUAGGCUCUUAAAGAGUUCUUCCAAUAAUCCCCCAGGAAGUAGGUGUUAAUAUUAUUUACAAGUGAGAAAACUGAGACUUUGAGAGAUAAAGUGAUUUUUCUGAAUCAUACAUGAGGAUUUGAAAUUAGAUGUGAUUCUAGAACGCCUGUCCUUUCUUUCACUAUAACACCACCAGAUCCAUUUCCUUACCCAGGGAGAAAUUAGAUGGAGUGUUGAGUUUCAACUAAUAAGUGGAAUGUAUUAUGAAACUUGAGAAGCUUUUCAAAUAGUAAAAAUGAUACCCAGGACUUCCUAAUGCAAAAUAUAUAGUAACUUUAAAAAAAAAAAAAACCACUAAUAUGAAAAAGAUGAGAAAAUAUUUACAUGUUUGUCUCUAGGAUUGUAAUGAAUCUAAAAGCCACUCAAAGCAUAUUGAAACCACUGGAUGCAUCUGUUUUUUAGGUUCUGGAGUGACAUCAGUGGGAAUGACAGAAUAAGGACAUCUGAACAUCUCCUCCAUUAAAGCAAUGAGAGCACUGGCAAACAAUUGUCAAAAUUAACUUUUUCAGAACUCUGGAAAUCAACCAAAGACAUGCAAUAAUCAGAAGUGGUUAUUCAAGAAAAAAGGCUAAAUCUCUGUAAGAACAGUAAACUUUGUGGUGUUUUAAAUUGUCCAAUUCUCAUUCCCUUCUCUUCGCCUCUGCAGUAACUUUGAAAACCAGCAGCCCUACAUCACAGCAAAAAUGAGCAAACUAGCAGCUACUGGAAGGAGCAAGAUGGGUUUGGAGUUGCCUAAAAGCACUAUUCCCAGAAAGCUGUCAUAUGUGACCCUGAAAACCUCCACUCACGGGUUUUGUCUUUAUGUAACUUGAUGCAGAAUGCAUACAAAAAACCUUUUCCUUGAAGGUAUUUGUUGAAAAUAAUCAGUGGCAAUUAUUUAACAUUGCAGCUGCUUGGGGCAAACAAGAAGCUGACUAAGAAACUUGAAAAGAAAAAAAAAAAAAACCUGGGAAAUAA